AUGUCAGCAGAGCUGGCGGCGAUGGCCACUGCCUGUGGCUUGCCGGAGCGCCUCCAAGGAUACCUUCGCAGCCAGAAGGUGCUGUCCGCCGGUUUGAUGGCGGCCAUGGCCGACUCGUACAAGGAGGUGGACGACCUGCUCUAUGAGCCCUUGAAAGAGGGCGUGGAAUUGGAUGGACAGGAGUGGAAACUCCAGCCGGACGAGGGGCCAGUGGUCCGGGCUGCACUGCGCUUCUUGUGGCAACAAUGCCGCCACCAAGUGGACCAAGGAGGCCAGGCCGGAGGGGCCAUCAGUCACCCCGGAGGUGCACAACUGCCAGCGCCUGGCACUACAGCGGCGGACCCCGCGUCUGCCAAGGCGGCACCCCCCGUGCCUCGGGAGAUUCCCCCGAUCGAGCUCCAGAAGCUCUUGAAGUUCUAUGCCGACACGGAAAUUGCCGGCCGCAAACGUGACUUUCCAAUGCGCGCCCUCGUCGGCGCAGAGAGGGUCAUGGCGCGAAUCUGGCACGAACGGUGGAUCACACACCAGUUCACGCCGGUCCAGCUCCAUGAAAUCCUGGAAUCCAGGUGUUUUGACAGCUCAGGCUCGCUCAACAAUUUGAACAAAGAGCUCAAGGCCAAGCCCCAGGCCCGAUUGGCAGUUGACGAUGAGCAGAACACCAUCGUGGUCGAGGAGGAGCCACAAUGGAGCCCCAAGGGGUUGCUGAGUUUGAUGGAUGCGUUGGAGGCCAUCGAGCUCGGGUGGACCCUCUGCCAACUGGGCCAUGAAUUAGACAUCAAGGAAUAUGUCGGCUGGUGGAGACAACUCUUUAGAUCCCGGCCGGGCAAAAUCGAGCAGAUUAAAGCCUAUUGGUUGGAUGCCGGGUGGCGCGUCGCCCUCACCAUGCGACAAGGGCACGAUUUCACCAGUGCCUCACAGGCCAUCAUGGAUGACACCGGGGCUCUUCAGGCCGCCUUGAUGAAGGACCUCGCCAUCCCAAAGGCUCCGCCGAGGAAGCCACCAGCUCGAUCCACCCAGAGCAAGGGCAAAGGAGGGGGCAAAGGGGGAGUACCCGGGCCGAAGCGGCAGAAGACACAGACACAGCAGACAGAAGGCCGGCUGAGCCGAUACAUCGCCCCAGGAACACCCACACCGAAGCCGACCGCCAAGGCCUGGAUCGUCCUCAGUGUCUUUGAUGGCUGUGGGAUUGCCCACGAGGCGGCCGAUGUCGUGUUGGGCAGCCGCAUCAUUUGGCACCGAAUCUCAUGGGAGAUCGACGACGCCUGCAUGGCCAUCUCAUCGCACCGAUGGCCUGACCUCGAGCAGAGAGGAGACAUCUUCCAGGACCAGCAGGACUCCCUCAGGGACCGCAUCGAUGAGAUCGACCCCAACCAGGAGUGCACAAUCCUCCUGACGGCUGCGCCGCCGUGCCCGGACUUCAGCCGCAUCAGACCGGACGCCCCGGGGAGAGAAGGCCCGGAGGGCCAGAAGUUCGACAACAUGCUCCGCUGGUUUGCGGCGCCCAGCGCCAUCUUCAAGGAGAGGAAGGUCUUGCGCAUGUACGAAAACGUCAUCAUGAGCCGCAAAGCCGAUCUUCGCCACUUUGAGGCAGAGGUGGGCGUUCCAGCCAUCAUCAUGGACGCCCAGGACUGGGGACUUGUCAAGCGACCCCGAGUCUUCUGGACAGAUGCAGGGUGGCAACGAUUUGGCGAGACCGCCAUGGGUUGGACGAUUCGCUGGACGAAGCUCUACGACACAGACCACCUGACGUUCGAGUUUCCCAGACCCAGUGGCCCUGAAGGGCGCCCUGCACCAAGAUCAGUGAAAGGGAAACUGGACUCAGCAACGUUCCACCGAUGGGAACUGUCAGGGCGCCAAUUCGCCCCGUGGCACUUCCGCCACGAAAACCUGUUCGAGAAUGAACGGGGAGAGCUUGUGACUCCAAGCAUCCUGGUGAAAGAGCGCCUCCAUCACCUGGAGGACGACUUCACGGCACCAGCCAGGGACGAAAGAGAGAGACACAAGAUCUUGGCGAACAGCUGGCAUUUGGGCACGGCCAUCCUGGUCAUGACAAUGCUGACCUGCUUCCCGGCAGCGGAAGCCUCCUUCCAGACGAGCAGAGAGUUGAACCCGCUCGGACACACGGCCAUCGACACCCUGGCAUCGAUCUGGGCAUCGGGACCACUCGCAAGUGGACCGCACAAGGGAGAGAAGAGCGACCACUGGAUGACAGUGUGCACAUGCCCGCACCAACACUGGCAGGCAAGCCAGAAUCGAAGCCACCCGUCCGCCGUGGCCGACCCACUCGAACCGGGCCUGCAACAGACCAUCGACCUAUGGCACCAUUGGCACCAGCGGCUGCCAGCCCUCCGGGCACAGUUGAUCGAGGAGAUCACGGACAUGGCACUGGACCUCGAGGAGGACCUCCAGGCCUGGCACAAAUUGAGACCUCAAAACAUUCGCAUCGUUCUCGACCCAUCGGGCCCGAACCGAAUUCAUUUUCCACUCCUCGCCAAACUCCUACACAAGUUCGGGUGGGAGGACCAGACACUCCUGACCGAAAUCCAAGAAGGAUUUCCAGUACUGGGCAAGAUGAGCCCAGGUUUCGACUGCGUGCACCACAUCAUGAAGCACGUGGGCUUCAAAUUCAAACCGAGCAACGACCAACCACCCGCCCCACAGCAGUUAAUCCAAGGUGUCAUCAUGACCAUCGAUGCCGCAUCCUUCACAGUGAGCACCGAAGCCGGUCGCAUGCAACGCAUCACAGCACAACUGCGCGAACAUUUGCACAAAGCAACAAUGUCCUCUGACGAGGCCACCCGUCUAGCCGGUAAGUUGCAAUUCAUUUCCGAGGCUACUAUGUGCCAGAUCAUACGAUGUUGCAUACAGCCACUGUAUGCACGUGCAAGUGCACCAGUUCAGCACGCACAAAUUCCAUUGGGCAGCGGAAUCACAGACGCUUUGCAAACGUUGUUGCAUGUCUUACCAACCAUCAAACCAAGAACAUUCAACUUCAUCCAGAAAGCUUGCACAAUUGUGUACGCUGACGCAUACUUCCAGGCUGGAGAUCAGAGACUGUCGGUGCGCACGGCACUGGAGCAGCCGGGCUGGACAGCAGAAGCCAGCAACCUCAUGAGAAACGGUUGGGGCUUCGUACUUCGCCAACCGAACGGCGAGUGUCACUACGCCCACGGCGAGAUCCCUGGCCGACUCUUGGGACGAUUCACGACCAGAAGGGCAUUCAUUUAUGCAUUGGAGAUCAUAGCCCAACUCCUGUGCAUCAUCGUCGGCAUGCCAAUGAUGGAAGAGAUGAGCAUUUGCUUCAUCGACAAUGAGCCGGGCAAAUUCGCACUCCAGAGAGGCUUUGGCAAGGACACCAAAGUGAACCGCCUCUUGGGACUCCUGUGGAGCUUCGUCCACGAGUGGGACAUGUCCACGGCCGAACGCCUCGGCUGGAAACGGAUGGACCAUUCGUGGGACGACCUCUAUGACACCUUCAUCGACGCCACCAACUCCAUGGAGAGAGCGAUGAGCCUUGGAGCUGCGCUGGCCACAACUUUUGGCCGGGUGCCACGGGGUCAGGACGAUGGGCGAGACUUGGAUGCCGAACUUCAAGCCGUUGCUGAAGAGGCCUCUUCAGGGCAAGUCUUGGCUGGAAGCAUUCCCGGUUGGAACCUGUAG